UCAGUUCACUCUGAGACGCGCGCUGGAUAUGUCGUUCCUGGAGCGCUCGAGCUGUUCCUGCGAAUGAGCGUGUGUGUGCCAGUGUACCGCCCCCUACCCGUCAAGAAAAAAAAAAGGAAAUAAAAAUAUCGGCAGGAAAAAUAUCAAAAAUUAUAUCUGAAAAUACACAAGUGUAUCUGCAAGUGCAGUCGUAUAUGUGAGACGAGAGUGUUUUCCAUUUGCCGCAAUUAGAAGUAACGGUGCGAAGGUGAUUUGCACGGGAGAAACUGGAAAAUCAGCGAAGCGCGAGAUACUUGUAUCUGCAAUUUGUGUGUUUUCGUUUUGUUUUCGGUUUCGCAAAUAGCAAGUGAAGAGCCCAUUACUUUAAUUCAAUCAACGAUCGGUUGUUGUGUGGCCCGCUUUUGGAGAAUCCCCACAAUUUGUUCUAAGCCCAAAUAAAAGUAAUAAAAUAAAAGCCCCAACCCCAGAGACAGAAGUCCGUGAGCCGGUUUAGUCAUCCGAAAGUUCCGAGAACUGAGCGCAACAUUGAGAUACAUUCGCGUAUUCUCAUUCCGAAUCGCUGGACACCAGCUGUUGGCCACAAUGCCUCCGUACCUGCUGGAUAUUUGCCUUACCUCGGAGCUUAGUAGACCGCGAUAAGAUAUCGGCGACUAGUGGUGAAUAAAGCCAGAUACUCGUACUCGAAACUGCGAAAACGUCCAUAUACGACAAACAAACGGAAAAGAAAAUCGCACAGUUCGGUGCCAGUGUUUAAAGUUAAAUCGAGCGCUUAUCUUAUCGGCCAGCCAUUGAUUGAGCUUUGCCUUUCCGCUCUGCACCGGGUGAAGUCAUUUGGCCACAAUUCGCCCGUUUUAGAUACUGUAUCUGCGGCCAUAUCUAAUGCAGCAGCCAAAGCAGUCGCGAUAAUAACGACCUCCUUCAGUGUCAGUUGCUCUGCAAUCGCCGUCUAAAUUUAGAGACAGAUCAGGCGCGAGGGACCAGAUCUGGCCAAAACCAAACCAGACGCACUCGGAAAUCGUAAAUCAAGCAGCCGGAGGAGACCAAGAUGGACAUAGAAUCCGAUUCGGACACCUCGGAGAGAUGGGAGGACUUUUUUGGCAGCUCCACCGAAUUGGCACCCUCGCUGCUGGGCAUCUACGACACAUUGACAAACAGCUUUGCCGCGGGGGGCGUGGCAGCUGCUCCCACUGCGACAUCUCACGAAUCGAAGGCAUCCAGCAGCGGCGACUCGACGCCCAAGAGGAGCAACAGUAACUGCAGCAGCAGCAGCAGCACUGGCUCAUCGACUGGCAGCUGUUCGAGUGUCCCCACCAGCGAUGACCAGUCUGCUAGCUACACGCUAGCCAGCUCCAGCACUCAUUUGGGCCACCAGGAGCCGCCCGCUCCACUGGUGGUUGCGGGCCUGCGGGACGAACCGGAUGGCGCUCAGUUGAGCAGGUUGGUGCAGCGCAGAAGCCAGGAGUCGCAGAUUCACGGCAGCAGCAGCAGCAUAGCCUCGAGUGGGAGCAGUCGACGGGGCAGCAACAUCCGCAUCCUUUCGCCCAAUGUUCAUAGAAUCAUCACGCACUCGGAUAUUCAACCAGUGGAGGCGGUGUCCGCGGAGGCACUGAAACAGCAUCAGCAGCAAUCCCAGAGGAGUCCCACCCAGGGCAGGUAUAUAAAGACCGGUCAUAGCGGAACACCACCAGCCGCUGGUUCCGCACCCAAGCUGAAGCUCUCGCACAUACCGCUGUCCAAGAUCACCGGCAAGUUGUCCACCCAGUCUGGCAGCGAACUGGUGUCGACCUUCGAUUCCAGCAACGAGUAUUUGAACUCGGUGGCCUUCGCCGCUUUCGAGAAAUCCAAGCCGCAGGACGAGGAUCGGACGCCAACGAACAAAUCGGUACCAGGCACUCCCUUCCAUUUCGAUGGGCAUCCGUUUCAGGGGCGAAAACUAACCCUACCACGGUACGAUUCACAGCAGAGCAUCAAGCUGAUCGAAAUGGAGCAGCUGGCGGCCACCAGUGCGCAACUGUUGCAUGCCAAGCCUGCCACGCCCGGAACUCCGGCCACGCCCACUCCCAGUGCAACCAAAGCCAAGGAGUUUGUGUGCAGUGAGCCACUGAGUCCCGUGGAUAUAGUGGACACCAUUAACUUCGAUCUGGUUGCGCAGCAUAUGGAAAGAUUGACUCUGGCGGAUCCAGGAGAUUUGGAUCCCAGGGCGGAGCUAAUAGAAGCGGUUAACAAAACACUGGUUAACAAGCCACUGGUUAGGAGCUCCUCCGCCGCCUGUGCCUCCACAAUAUGCAGUUCACCGCUGUUGACCUAUGCCCGCACCAAGAGUUUGGGCGCCAAGGCCAGCACUUUGGGCGGUGGAGUGCCUAUUAAGCUGCCCACUGCCGAACAGCUGGCCGAGCUGGAGGAGGCCAACAAGUUGUCGGCGGAAAGUCUGGACAGGCUCACCGAUAUCAAGCCCAAGUUUGCAGCUCGCCUAAGUGAGCUGGCUAGGCUGAAUAACCGCCCACUGUCCUCCUCCUCCAUUUGCUCCACCUCCUCCAGUUCCAGUUCCGGUUCGGACCAACUGCUCAAUGGAAAACUGAUGGCCACUUCCUACUUGGCUAGCGUAGAAAGUCUGGCGGAGAGUGAGAACGAGCUGGGCGAUCAACACCAUCCGCCGGCGAUGAGUGUCCUCGAGAAAACCUGCCUAGAGAUCGUAGACUCGGAGCGAAGCUUCGUCGAGGAUUUGGGUCAGGUCAUCAAGGGAUACCUGCAGGACUGGAAGGAGCGUGCGUGCCUGCGCGUAGACGAAUUGCAAAUACUCUUCGCCAACAUUGAAGAGAUUUAUGAAUUCAACUCAAUGCUUCUGCAGCGACUUAUCAACACGGGAAGGGAUCCCGGGAGGAUCGCCAGGUGCUUCAUUGACCUGCGCGAUGGCUUUGAUGUGUACACAACCUACUGCACAAGCUACCCGGAAGCCAUAUCGUUGCUGACCAAGUUGCUGCAGGCCACGCACACGUACUCUCUGCUUGCCUCCACGCAGAAGCUACUCCAACAUCGCCUGCCCCUGGGAUCCUACCUCCUGAAACCGGUGCAGCGCAUCCUCAAGUACCAUCUGCUGCUGGACAGCCUGCGCAAGCACUGCGAUGUGAAGGAGGUGGUCGAGGCCCAUGUGAUCAUGCGCCAGGUGGCGCACAACAUUGACCAGGUGAAGCGAAAGCAGGAGCAGCAGAGUCGCGUCAAGGAGCUGUCCGGCAUUCUGGACGGCUGGCUGGGGCCAGAGCUCACUGUUCUGGGAGAGUUGCGCCAAGAGGGCCUGCUGAUGGAGCAGCACAAUAAACAGCGCCUGGUACUGCUAUUCGCCACCAUGCUGAUCAUCACCAAGCAAAAGGAGGACGGACGCCUUCAGUUCAAGACUUACAUUUCGCAAAACAAUCUGAUGCUGAGCGAACACUUGCCCGGUGAACCGACCAGCUUCUAUGUCAUCCCCUUCGACGAGCCGCGCCAUCAAAUCAAACUGACGGCUCGGAAUCGUGACCAGAAGCGCAUCUGGACGCAGCACAUCAAAGGUGUCAUGCUGGAGAAGUUAGACAUUCCGAUGCGCGCCAAGGAGCUGGUCUAUCAGCUGGGCAACGAGGAAGUACUACCAGUGAUGCAUUCUAAAACUAAACACCCCAAAACAAAGAAACGAAAAAACUUUGACUAGUGCUUAAGGCGUUCUAAGGCUAAAUCCCCACACCCAGAGACUGAUAACCCACCAAAAAAAAAAAAACAAUAAAAUCCGAUCAGACAGAAAAGAAGGGCUAAAUAGACAACUGUAAGCCCCCGUACAUCUAGUUGUUAAACAUGCUAAUCGUAAUCGUAGUGUUCGCUAAAAGUAACUCUGGUGUCCAAAAAGCCUAAUCGCACGCCAGAUCGCAGCACAUGGAAGUGGAGCCUUCACUCGGGAAGUAACUCGACUCCAACUUACCUGGAGCGAAGGAACGCCUGCCGGAGGAGUGAGAUACGCCAGCGGAAUUCAAAGUUCAAGCGGAAGACGGUGGCCAACUCCAGUUCCUUUGACAGUUUCAAUGAGUCCUUGGAACAGGAGGAGGAAUCGAUUAGCCAGGCGAAGCCCUCGAAGCCACUGGCCAGAAAUAACAGCCUAGACGAUACUGCUCUACAGAAACUUGCUGCUGCUAUGAGAUAUCGCAAAAGAGAUGCUGCAGUGAAGGAGGAGACGAAGACGCCGGUGAAGGAGCCUUGUAAGUGCGACCAGGAUGCGAAACAGGACGAGCGGAUUGAACCGUGUUCCUGCAUUCUGCGGGAUCAGCGCAGUCGCAGUGCCAAGUCACAAUCUCCUGUCUUCAGCUACAAGGCACUCAAGGAGCGCAGCAAGUCGGUUCCCCGGAUCGGAGGCUUUAGUUUGGACGAGGAGGCUGAGAGAGAACGGGAACAGGACGAGGAUAGCGCAGCCUCUCUGAGGGGCAGCAAGCCCGAUCUUAGCGAGCGCAAGACCAAGGGAAAGGGAUUCUUUGAAGUUAAGCAAUACAACCACAAGACGAUGCCCAAAAAGAUAGCCAAUUUGAAGAAGCAACGAAGUAGCACCACCAAGAGCUGCUCCAGGUUCUACAUGGAUCUCAGCGAAUUCGAUAGCAGCAGUUCGACUGUACUCAAGAUAACCGAAUCCACCGAGGAGCUGCGUCCAGAUGGGGAAAUCGAACUGGCCCAAGAAGCCGCCACUCUGGAUGAGUCCACGCAGGAUCAGUAUUACAGCCCAGAUCACGAGACGGAACUACUGUCCCCAGCAGAGAAGUCAAAGCGAGAUGCACAGAUUGUCCUUGAUUUGCUAAAGAAUAGCAAGGAAUUUGAGAGGAUCUACAACAAGCAACAGAAGAGGCGCGAAAGUCCAGUGAGUCCCGUGAGUCCCGAUAUAAGUCGUGGUCCCAUUCUGCCGCCUCCGCGUCCACCAUCGAGAUCUCCACCACCCUUGGAACUGGAGGAGCAGGAGAAGAAACCAGUCGAAGAGGUGGAUUCAGUCAGCGAGGAGCCCAUUUACGAGACUCUGCUGCGCAAUGUCCAUGUGCCCUACAAAUUCUCACCGGUGUUGGGCCGAGCCAAGUCCUCGCAGAUACUGAAGAAGCGAUCAAAGACUGCUCCCGCAGCCUCACGACCGGAAUCGGAUUACGUGACCCUAGUCUACUCGCCCGAAGGAGUUCUGCAGCGAGUGGGCGAGGAGGUGGUGCAGAGGGAUAGCUGCAGUUCCUCCACCACUUCGACAUCCUCAAAUGGAUCGGGGUCCACGCUGAAACGAGACAGCCAGAGCACAGUGAUCAAUCUUUUGAUGGAGGCGGCGCAAGAGCACGAAUCACGUCCCUUGCCGAAGAAUUCAGUUUCAGGAUCGGAGAGUUCUCUGCUGCCACGGGCUCUGAAGUCCAUAGACAAUCUGAGCAUGGCCUUCGGACGCUCCAACCGACCGCCGGAGCGCCGGGUGUCCGAUGUGAGCGAGAUGUGCCGUCAGAGUGUGCUUCAUCGCCAGGGCAGCGAGGCGGUGGGUGAGAGAAUGGCCCAUGUGGAUUACGCUGAUCCCAAGGCUCUAUUUGGACUGGGGGUCCUGAACCACUCGGAACGUGACUCGGUCUUCUCGCUGACCUCCUCCUCCAGUGACAGCAUGUGCGAGCAGCAGCGCAAGCGAUCCGGCGUGGGCGCCACCUUCGAGUAUGAGCAGCAGGUGGAGGAUAGCUUGGAGAAUGAUUUUCGCGACUCGGCCAUUUACAGCGAUGACAACGAGAAGCGUUCCGGGGACUACGAUGUCCAUCUACGCCGUCCCAGCAGUCCGCCACCACCACCGCCUCCGCUGGGGCCGCGUCCCCAUCAGCCACCACAGAUUGCGCCGAAGCCUUCCAAGGAUCAGCUAAUCCAGCAGCGAUCGGGCGUCAUCGUCUGCCAGUCGGCCUCCCGCAGCUGGGUGCUUCAGCAGAUUGAGAACUUCAACAAGUAGAGGAUCCUAGUGAUGCACAGACGAGCCGUUGUACACGACCCAUUGCCAUAAAUGAAAUUCCUUUAUUAUUUCUACAUGUACAUAGUUAUAAGUGUCUGAUACACACUUUGUAUGCAAUGCUAAUCUUAGAUAGUAUUAGUCGACUGUUUUAUAUUUAGAGCUUAGUUGCAUAACCGCAGAGUCAUUUAAUAAAGUUCGUAAUCAAUUUGAAAAU